AUGUCCGACGCCAAGAUCAGAGCCGAACAACUCAUCCGUGAGAACGGCGUCGUCGUCUUCUCAAAGUCUUAUUGCCCUUAUUGCACGUCUAGCAAGAAGGUGUUGGAUAACCUUGGUGCUAAGUACGAGGUGCUUGAGCUGGAUCAGGAUGCCGAAGGCUCUGCUAUCCAGGCUGCUCUCGAGGAGAUUUCCAAACAGCGCACCGUGCCCAACAUCUUCAUCAACCAGAAGCACAUCGGUGGUAACUCCGACCUCCAGGCUAUUAAAUCUAGCCAGCUCCCUGCUCUGCUCAAGGAAGCUGGUGCCCUUUGA